AUGUCGGACCGUGAGAAGAGUGAGGCAUACUUGCCCACAGCCCCAGAGCAGGCCGUUUGUCAUCAAUCCGGCUCCGAGGAUAGCAAUGGCGCCAGUUCGUCGGACUCGGAGAAAGUGGUCAAGCCAGAAAUUCCCAAGAAGCCAACACACAACCGGCAUAUCUCCAUUACACUAGAUGACUUGGAGGCUCAAACCAAAUCCGAGCUCCCGCUGAAGCGAUUCGCGUAUUUGAGAUAUGCGGUGUUUACCAUGUACCGACGCCUCUUUACAGUGGUAUUCCUGGUAAACUUGGCGUGCUUCAUCUACGUGAUGGUUGCUGAUCGCCAGAUUUUGGCUCUGGUGAAUGCAACGGCCGUGAACUUGGUAGCCUGUGGUUUAGCUCGCCAUCCAAUGGUGGUGAAUGGUAUCUACAGAGUGGUGUGCUCGCUUCCUAGGUCAGCACCACUUUGGUUGCGCCGCAUGGCCGCCAAGGCCGCCCAUUAUGGUGGUGUGCACAGUGGUUGUGGUACUGCUUCUUUGAUUUGGUAUGCGGGAUUCGUCGGUGUUGCAUCAAAUAUGUACUGGACGUCAACCCCAAUCAGUUCUUUGACAGACCGCACAUUCUCGACGGCUGCGAUCGCGGUUUCGUACGUGAUCCUUGUCCUACUUAUGGUCAUGAUUGUGGUGGCAUAUCCAGUCUUCCGCAGGAAGAUGCAUGACUACUUCGAGCUCACCCAUCGGUUCACAUCGUGGCUUAUCCUUGCCAUGUUCAUUGUCUUGGUGAUGCUCUUUGCCAACGACAUGGGUAAGGCAGAGGAGAAGUCCCUUGGAUACGCUCUGAUCACGCUCCCCGCAUUCUGGCUCUUGAUCGGAGCUGUGCUUGCAAUUGCUCAUCCCUGGCUCCUCCUAAGGAAGAUUCCGGUGCAGACAGACCCUCUUUCUCCGCAUGCUAUUCGGCUACACUUUAGUCACACGCCAAUUAGCUUUGCCAAGGGUAUCCAGGUGUCCAAGCAUCCUCUUCGAGACUGGCAUAGUUUUGCUGGCUUCCCAGACCCUUCUGAGUCUCUUGAGAAUAUCAGAAGGAUUCCAUCCGAAGAGAGAACUCCCGCGAAGCCACCUGCGGCCUAUAAGAAGGGACAUAAGCGCAACCAAGAGAGUUGGUCAAUUGUGGUUUCCAAGGCCGGAGACUGGACAUCGGACACAAUUAACAGUCCGCCUACCCACGUCUGGAAACGUGGUGCCCUGAUGCGCGGCGUUGGUUACGGUCUGCGUCUGUUCAAUCGUAUCAUCGUCGUGACCACUGGAUCUGGAAUCGGGCCCUGCCUUGGAUUCUUGGGCGAUGAACACCGGCCAAUGAUCAAAGUCGUCUGGCAAACUCGGAACCCGCUCAGAACGUACGGCCAGGGAGUCAUUGACCUGGUCCACCAAAUGGGCCCAGACCCAAUCAUUUUGGACACUUCUAAGGAUGGUCGUAUUGAUAUGCUUCCGAUUAUCCACCAACAAGUCCAGGAAUUCAAAGCGGAGGCAGUUUUCGUUAUCAGCAACCCACCCAUUACCCGCAGGAUUGUCUACGAGUUUGAAUCUCACGGCAUCCCCGCCUAUGGACCUAUCUUCGAUUCUUGA